AUGGGAUCCAGCACCACUCCUCCAAAGUUUCCCUUUGCUCGGCCUUCAGAUUAUCAACCAGCAUUGGAAUAUGCCCAAUUGAGAGCGAAUGACCCUGUGUCGAGAGUUGAGCUUUUUGAUGGUAGCAUUGCGUGGCUUGUGGUUAAGCACAAAGAUAUUUGCGCUGUUUUGACCGACCAGCGACUCUCCAAAGUAAUGAGUCUAACUUUUGAUGGAGGGUUUGACACUGACCAGAGUAUGGUCGAGCCAAUUUUUACCAAGUCCCAUAUUGAUAACACACGCCCAAAGAUACAGGAGACCGUGGACAAACUUCUCGACAAAGUGACCGAGCAUGGGGGAGCUGAACCAUUCGAUAUCGUGGAGGACAUCUUGGGCGUUCCGCUGUCUGAUCUACCAUAUCUCACCCAACAAGCAGCUAUUCGUGGCAAUGGUUCGGCAACCGCCACGGAAUCAUCCCAAGCCAACGCUUCUCUACUAUCCUAUAUUGACGCACUUGUGGAUAAGCGACUUCAGAAAUCAGAAAACGAUCUGAUCUCCCUUUUGGUUGACAACCAGCUCAAAGCAGGCCGUCUCCAGAAAGCCGAUGUAACUCAGAUUGCCUUCCUCCUUCUCGUCGCAGGCAAUGCGACCAUGAUUUCGAUGAUCGCGUUAGGAAUCGUGACCGCCCUUCAGCACCCAGAGCAGCUUGAAGAUCUCAGAUCAGAGCCGGAGAAAUGGUCUCCCAAGUUCGUGGAGGAACUCUGCAGAUAUCACACCGCUUCAGCCCUUGCCACCAAAAGAGUCGCAAAGGAAGAUAUAAAUCUUGGCGGCAAGCUUAUCAAAAAGGGAGAAGGUAUCAUUGCUGCGACCCAGAGCGGGAACAGAGACGAGGAGGUGUUCCCAAACCCAGAUGUGUUUGAUAUGAAGAGGGAACGCCGAAGUGAGGAAGCUCUGGGAUACGGCUGGGGCGAACAUAGAUGUGUUGCUGAAUGGCUAGCAAGAGCUGAACUUGAGAUUGUUUUUGCGUCGAUCUUCAAGAGGCUUCCUGGUCUCAAACUAGCGAUCCCCUUUGAGGAGGUCAAGUACUCACCACCUCAUAAAGACGUGGGAAUAUCAGAACUAUCGGUUAUUUUUUGA